AUGGACAGCAAUGGCGAAAUCAGAUAUGGUUAUCUAAUAUUUCUUCUUCCAAACCCAAGGCACUUUCCUUUCCUCUCCCUCAACUCGCCAAUGGCUGAACUUGCAGCUUCUUCUUUUCCGCCAUGCAAACUGAAGCUGAAGCUGAAGCAAGAAUGGCAGCAUUACCACCAUCAAUUCAAUUGCCAUGCCUUAACGUUAACCAGAAGAUCAAACUCAUCACCUCCUUUUUUACUGGUCAGGAGCCAAAUGACAAUGAAGCCUGCCACUUACUCUUCCAGAAUUUCAACUGACAUGCCACUCUACGAGUCUCCUGGGGCCUCUUUUGAUCAGUACUUGGAUGAUAAACCUAGAGUUUUUAAAGCAAUUUUCCCGGACAAACGAAGAAGCCACCAGAUUAAUGAGGAAGAGUGGAGAAUUCAGAUGUUGCCAAUACAGUUUCUCUUCCUGACUGUGUGGCCAGUAAUAGAUAUGAGGCUGAGAUGCAAAACAGGAGGCAAAGACUACCCACCAGGAGUUCCAACCCAUACCAAAAAGGUUCUUGAGCUUGGUAUUAUCAGAUGUGAGCUCAGAGGACUUGACACUGCUCUUGACCCAUCUCAGUUUUCUCUUGGUGUAAAAGGAUCAUUGUACUCCGACAGUCGAGGACCACAAAGCCGGCUUAAAGGUCAGCUCGAGAUGAAUAUAAGCUUUGUUCUUCCUCCUGUUCUUGCAUUGAUUCCUGAAGAUGUUCGCAGAAACGUUGCAGAGUCGGUGUUAACAAGACUGGUGGAGAACAUGAAGCAUAAAGUUAAUGGUAGCUUACUUGAAGAUUACGGUAAAUUCAAGAGGGAAACCUUGGAAAACAAAAUAAGGUAAGACGAUCAAGAGGACAGGCGGUAUAGUUUUGAGGUAAUUCACAGCUGAAGAUUUGUUAAUGGAAUAUUCUUUGAGUCUUGACUUGGUCAAGGUGUUAUACUUGAUCAUUAAACUAUUUAAAUAUAUAUUAAAAUAAUAUUUAAAUUAA